UAAUUUUUUAUGAAACAAUGGCCCAGGCUUGUAGCCUACUGUCGCGGUUCCGUGGUUGUCUUGCAGGCGCGGUGAUUGGAGACUGUGUUGGGGAUAAAUUUGAGUCGAAAUGGGCAGACUCCAUCGCGAUGGUUAGAAUUAUCCACGAAGACAAAAAGAUCCGUGAAGCAGCAGAAAAGAGAAAAAAGGCCAAUGAGAAUGCUGAUGGGGAAAUUUCCAACGGAGAAAUAUGGACAUUUACAGAUGAUACAGCGAUGGCGCGAAGUGUUGCCAGGUCUCUGAUUGAACACAAGGGAUUCAAUGCCAGGGACAUGGCUCGCAGAUUUACAGAGGAAUAUUUCAAUGAGCGCUUCCGUGGAUAUGGUGGGUCGGUGACAGUAGUUUUUCAGAAACUACAAGAAACUGAAUAUGAGAAUCCAUUUGAACCAGCUAAGAAACAAUUUGAGGGGGAAGGUUCCUAUGGCAACGGAGGAGCCAUGAGAAUAGCUCCUGCUGGUCUGUUCGGAUAUAAAGACAACGACUUUCAUAGACUACGGGACCUGGCAGAAGAUAUUACCAAAAUCACCCAUUCCCACUACCAGGCCAUACAGGGUGCUGUUCUUCAAGCGUACGCUGUUGACCUUGCGUUGCGAGUUGAAGGUCACCUGGAUGCUGAUGAAUUCCUGAAUGAUCUCAUAAAACAAAUGAAACUCCUGGAACAAGAAGCGGAGAGAAUUACUAUUUACUAUGAGAGGAGAAAUGAAAAAACAAUUACUCGGGACAGUGGCGAAGAAAGGAGUACUGCCUCUGAACACCCAUACUGUGAUAAAUUAGAAAAGAUCAAAACGUUUUUAAAACAGGAGGCCCCACCAUCACCACAGGAAAUUAAUGAAGAAUUGGGAACUGAUGUAGCGGCUUUAGAGUCUGUUCCUGCGGCCAUCUUUGCAUUCCUAUAUGCCACAAAAGACAUUCCAUAUUUAGAGAACAGAAACCUAUUUGAGAAGACAGUAAUGUAUGCAAUAUCUCUGGGUGGAGAUACCGACACAAUCGCAACAAUGGCAGCUGCCAUCGCCGGGGCAUGUUACGGUGAGGAACAAUUACCAGAACACUGGAAGUUAUGUUGUGAAGGGGUCGACGAUGCCCUGGAGGACGCAGAGCAGCUCUACAACCUGUCACAGUCCAGUAACACACAGCCACCCGGCAGUGACACAAAGUUUAAAAUUUAUGAAAGAGGCUCGCUAAAUUGAAAAAUUCUCGGUCUCUUUUCAUAAAUCUUAUAUGAAAUUGAAACUCAUUUAAUAUCCUAUAUAUCAUAGUCUUGUAUAUCAUGUGUUGACACUGCUGGAUUACUGUGUUGAGAGUUUUAUACCCUGGUGUAGAAUAAAUUAUUAGAUAGCAUUUAAUCUUUUUCCAAUUCCCUAAUUCCAUAGAGGAAUUUGUUGAGGAAUGUCUUUUGUAAUUGUUUGAAUAACUUGUAAUAAUUAGUAAGAUUGUUUUUUCAUUUGUUUUCAAUUUUGUUAAUGUAUUGUAUAGAUAGAUCUGAAUGAUUCUUAGUACACAUAACACUUACUUUGAGAGUAUAUGGAUAAACUGAUACUACAUAUAGUUAUGCCUAUUUGUUUAAAAUCAUUCUUGUAAGAACUAUUUCUAUAGUUCUUGGUACAGGUUUGGGGGUAUUGGUCAGUUUAUCUGGUGACAGAUCUAGUUCAAUGUUUCCAUCUAAAACUACCACACAGACAUGUUAUUUUUUUUAAAUGCAUUGUUUGAAAGGUGAAAAAAUAAUAGAAAUGAUGAAAAAUGUAUCAGUUUAUCAUAACUUAACACUGCAUUUGUCCAUUUGUCAUCCAUCUGUCAACUUUUCCUUUAAAAACUACUACUCAAGAACAGCUUAGUGAUCUGGAGCGUCAUUGAGCCAACUGGACUCAAUUGUUUUUAUAAAUAAAGAUUAUGUGUCUCCUGUACCACUUAUAUUACUACUACUACCACUGCUACUACUACUACUACUACUACUACUACUAUUUCUUCUAAUUAUCGUCUUUAUUGAUACUUAAAGACAAAAUUGAGUCAAAGACAAUAGUUGAAAUGUGGAUUUGAAAUACAGUAAAAUACUGAAAUUUUAUUGUACAGCUAGCUGUACGUCUUAAAACCCCAAUUAGGAUUCCAGCCAGAUACAUACAUAAUGAUCAGGAAGUUGUGGUCAUGUUAAUGCUUUUAGGACUGUGGUCCCAUGCCACAGUGCCAUGUUUGUGGUUCAUUCAUCCGGUUGCAAUUGUCAGUCAUUGACAUUUUCCUUUAAAACCUUACUAUUUCUGAAAGGUUGAUAAGAUUUCAACCAAAUUUACUGUUACAUCCUUAGGAUCUGAGAAUCUAAAAUUCUGAAAAGUAAUUGGAUGGCUAUAGGUAGCUGAAGGGCAGGGCCUUAAUAGAGCAUACAUUUCUAGUGUUAGCCUUCAGAAGGGGUUGAAAUAUUAUUAUCAAAUUAAGCAUUUAAUAUCAGUAGGGUAGCAAAUGUUGUAUAUAUAGAUAGAGGUUGUGAUUUUCGAGGUUGGGUGAGCGACUGCACCUCAAAAAAUAGUCAUUUUGGUUAUUUAGUCUUCACGAACAAUAACACCUAAAUGACUGAGAUUCCUACCAUAUAACCAUAUACUUGUAUACAAUUGCUGUACAUGAAGAGACUAGGACAAUCGUGCUACCAGGAUAGGCAACAGGGUUUAGAGGAUCCUAGAGACUAAGUCCCUGGUCAUACCUUCAAAGGUUUAUAUCCCCAUCCUAUAACCACAUAUAUAUACAAUUGUUAGGCAUGAAGAGAGAAAUACACCCAUGCUACAAAAUAAGGGCCUUCCCCUGAGGACUUGGUCCCCGAGUCAUACCAUGGAAACAGUCAAGCUCCCCACCCUAUAACCAUGUAAACAAUUGUUCAGCAGGAAUAGACGAAUACAAGCAUGCUACCAGGAUUAUCUAUAGGUCCGACCCUACCUCUUGGGACUUAAUUCUUAAGUUGUAAUAUGGAAAAUGUCGAUCGCUAGAUGCCCAGCGAAUUAAAUAUAUAUGCAAUUGAUCCGCUAAAACUAAUCAUAAUAGCAGACUUCAAAAUCCUGACCUGUCACCUAUUUAUGGCCAGCGAUAUCCUGCUCUUUAAAUGACAUUGAUUUGUCGCCCAAGUCCACGUUUUAUUGUUUAAUUAGUUUGAAGUACAACUAUUAAAUCAUAAAGGCCUUAUUAAAACAAUGAAAACAGAUGUUUAAUUGAUAUUUUCAGGUAUUAAAACAAUGUUUUGAAGUAAGCGACCGUACUUAAUUAUCUUUGAUUUUCUAACUGAAGAUAUGAGAGAGAUUAAAAAAAGAUGAAUCUUGUAGUCAUUAUUUCGUAUGUCAUAGCGGUUGUUUUCUCUAGUAAUAGGCGGCAGAGAUGGUUGAGGAAAUCAUAAGCUAACUUGUUAUAAAUCCUGUAUAAAAGUUGAGUUAGUUUCUAUAUUUGUUUCAUCAGCAUCAUCUUCAAUACUACAUAGGUUACGCUCACUUUCCCUCUCUGCACACCUGGAGUAAGCCCGAGUUUUCUCUGGUCCUGACACUAGACUUGCACAUUUUGACAGAUACAUGUCUUUACCAGACAUCCAUUCUUCAAAAUGUGUAAGUCUGGUGUAAGGGCCAGAGGAAACUCGGGCUACCUUAAAUAUGUCGUAGCAAAACUACACACGCGGCAAGCCAUUUGAUCGGUCUCGGGCCAAAAAACUUCCUAAUUGCUAGAUUGAUACAUGCUCUUUGAAGAUUAGAGAGGAAAAACUCCCAAUCUUAAAGCCAUUCAAUUUUACCGUUACGAGACCGAGCAAUUGCUUUGGUGAAAAUCAAAGGAUCAAACUAGUUUUCUCGUCUCAUCCACAAUUUGGUGCACACUGAGCCUUCGAUUUUGCUAUGACAUA